GAAAAGUAGCUACCUGUGGUAAUUCUGAUAGGGGACGAUUAUCAUUUAUAGUGAUUUAUAGAUGAUGGUGCGGUGGUAGACUACCACUGACCACUGGUAGUUGCAAAAACUGAGAGAAACUGAGAGAAACGCUAAAAUGACUGGCGAAGUCGAAACGACGAAUAAAUUGAGAUCGAGAAAAGGACCACAUGGCUUAGGUGAUCCCAAUGAUUACUCAUUAAGAAAGGUAGAGGAAGAUGUACUCAUACCGCAGAAAAUGCGAGAUAAGGCAAGGGAACAGAAAUGUGUAAAAGAAGUUGAAGAAUUUUCACAGUGUUGUAAAGAUGCUAGUUAUUUUAUGGGUUUUAAAUGUAGGGAACAAAAUUCUGCAUUAAAAUUGUGCAUGGAAAAAUGGUAUUGUGAUGAAAAGUUUAAGGAAGAAUGUAAACAAGAAUAUUUAGAAGAAAGGAAACAAUAUCGAAUAACUGGUGUGCCCAAGAAGUACAGAUCUAUGAAACAAGUAUCCUCAUAA